CUCGGCCCCGCCUCGCAUAUUCUCCCAUCCACACGUUGACGCGCCAUCGCGUCAUCUCAUCCUCGUACUCCCACGGAAGGACACGCACGUCCAUACGCGCGGGCCUGGCAACUCUCGUCCUCGCCUUGUGAAGCAUCCGCCCGACGCCCGGCCACGCGGGCUCCUUGCGCCUCGCGGCUCCAUAGCAGGAUGGCUGACACAUCCGGAGGGGGGCUGGCCCCGGCGCCGGUUCCAUCCGGCGCCUCCCUUUCACCGCCGUCCAACAGCGAGUUGGACUUCUGUGCGGAGAACGAAUUUGUGACCAUCGUUCCGGCUGUCCGGCUCCCCCGGAUGAAUCUCGUCACGGGCACCAUUGGACCAUUGCAUCCCCAGCGCGAGACCCUCGUUCCUCUCUGGCUUGCGCUGAUGCUCAAACGGGCUGGCCGGGCACGCAUCCGGCCGCCCGAGUGGCUGACCGAGGACGCCCUUCGGCUAUACCUAAAGGCGGAGAUCGCCUCGAGCGCUUUCUCGCCUCUGCCUUUCCGGUACCUGGAAAUUUCACAGCUCAUCCUCCAAGCGGCGCCGGACGAUGUGCCCGGCGCCACGAAGAUCCGCGCUCUCAUUGAGGACCUGCGGGGGCGUCGGGCGGCGAAAAUUCGCCGCGGUGUGGCCAGUGUCGUCAGCACCGAUGUUUUGAUCAGCCUUUCCAACAUGUCAGCCAUUGAAGUGAAUGAGCUGCGCCCGCAACUGCUUCAGGCCCUGCACGUCGUCAACUCCCUCGAGAAAUCAUCUCGGGUGGCUGAUGAUGCCGGCUAAGGGAGGCCAGCUUGCCGGCUCUUCCCCCUUGGCCUCGCUGCUCGGAAACUCCCCCACAAAGGGGGCACACGGUCCAAAUGAGGGCCAAGCAACGCAUCCUCGACCCUCCCCCUCCCUUCCCCAUAAAACUUGAAAACCAUCCAAACACACCCAGACACCGGUAUCAGGUCAUGAUCGGCACAAAGCAAGGGGACAAAAGAA